AUUUUUUCUAAUUUGGAAAUAUUUGCUCUAAAGAAGGGAAAAUAUUUGUGACGAUCACGAUUUGGAAAAAGAAAAAAUAAAACAAAUAAAUAGAGCAGGAGCAAAGAGCGUGCCUCCGCUGCGUUCUGGUCCCCAAAUCGAAGAACCAGGGCGGGCAAAGGGUGGGCGGAAGGGUCUUCCAAUCUUCCCUUGGCGGACCUGGAAUGGUGGGCGGAGAUCCGGCUGCGGUCGUGGAUGGUGGGUCUCGGGGCGGAUGCUAGAUGCUUCUCAGCAGAUCUGUCUCUUCUUGGAUCGCCCAGCUUCUCGCCUGCAUGGGAGCAGAGGUUGUCUUGGAUGCUGUUCUAAGCCCACUCCAAUUAUUGCAGUGGAUGAGCCCUCAAAGGGUCUGAAAAUCCAAGGCAGGACUAUAAAAAAAACCAGUGUUUCUGAGGAUUUUUGGAGUACGAGCACACAUGAGAUGGAAAACAGUGGAGUGCAGUCUCAAAGGAGCAUUUCUUCAAUUAGCACAUCAAUGCAAAACCUUGAUCACCAUGGAGCAGCAAGCACUAGCAACCCUUCUGAAUUUGUAAAUCAUGGUCUUCUUCUCUGGAAUCAAACCAGACUGCAAUGGACUGGAAAUAGAAGGCCUGAGAACCGGUCGCAACAGGUCCGAGAACCCAGAUUAAGGAAGCUUUCAUGUAACUGGAAAAAAAGAGUAUACUGCAAAUUUCUCAGCUCCACUUUAGAUUUAUUGUACUGGUACCAAAUUCUUCAACAUCUGUGGCUGCAGUUGGGAUGCGACCUAUGACAAUUUGCUGGGGACCAACAAGCCAUUUCCACAGCCCAUCCCUUUAUCUGAGAUGGUAGAUUUCCUUGUGGACGUCUGGGAGCAGGAGGGUAUGUAUGAUUAGGCAAAACAAGUUGCUGUAGACGUUGUGCGGACUGUCAAGCAGAUGGGGACUCCUGGAGAUGGUCUUUGAUAAUACAACAAACAAAGGGUAUCCCUUCCAUAUCAAUUGUUACAUGUAUGCUACCACUGAUAUCUUUAUACAUUCUCUUCUUUAUGUCCUCCUUCUUCUUGUAGCAAGUUCUCUCCUCAGCACUGUCGUGAUCCCUACAGCAGGCUUUGCCCUGCUUCGCCUUAUUGUAUGUUCUUCACCGAUUGGCUAGUUGCUAGACUGAUGUCAUCACUUUCUUCUCGGCACAAAGCUAUUUCAUGGCAUGCAUGUAGAAAUUACUUUGCUGAUGCUGAAUCUAUGACCCCUUGUUGCCUUCCAACCA